AUGACUGAAGCGACUGAGAUCCAGACUCUGGCGCAAAAGAUUACGGCAGCUCGAGAAGGCGACAUUGAGCCUGCAAUCCCGAUAUUGGAAGAUCUUGCAUUUACUCCCUACGCAUGCUCUUCUGUUGAGCAAGUCUCUGGCGGGGUUGUCAACUUUACUUUCAGGGGCUUCCUCUCCAACCCUCUUCCCGAUGGCAGUAUCAGCGUCAUUAUCAAACAUUCCAAAGACUUCUCGGGGUUCAUUCCCGGGGUGCAGCUCCAAGCUGCCCGAUGUCAAGGCGAACAGCGAAUUCUGCAAGCUCUUGCAGAUGGCCUGAGCCCAAUUGUUCAUCAGGAUGGUAUAUUGGUUCGGACACCUUGCCAUUAUCACUUUAUUCCACACCUCAAUGCUCAAGUGAUGGAAGAAUUCUCGGGCGUCACUGCAUUGGGUAAAUUUCUCCUUUCGCCAGAGUCAAACAAACUUUCAGGCUCGUUUGGGACAAGCAUCGGCCGUGCCUUGGGGUGCUGGCUGGCAUCUUUUCAUGACCGUAGCUCAGGUCCAGAAGUGGUGCAGGAAGUUGGCUGCAAUGAAAAAGGCCGGGAUGCAAUGUAUACCCUCCUGACUGGCGGCGUGGCCAAAGCAAUGGAUAGCUGCCCCACCCUCUUCGAUGGAUGUGCAGACGAUUUCCGGAAGUAUGUACAAGAGGCAAUUUAUGGUGAAAUUGACGAGGCUAGCAAGACAAUCGUUCAUGGGGACUUUGCUGUCCGAAAUAUCUUGAUCUCCAACUCGGUUGCUAGUACCGGGCAAGAUAUCCUUAUUUCCCCUAUUGACUGGGAAGUUUAUCAUCUUGGCUGCAUCGAAUUCGACCUGGGACAGUUUCUGGGAGACCUCUACACACAUGAGUAUUUCAAGAGUGUCGGUAGUUGCACAGCUCUGCUUCAAGGCUUUGUAGAUGGCUAUAAGCCACUAAGCAAGAAGCAACUCGCUUCCGUCGCAGUGUACACUGGAAUUCAGCUUUUGGCUUGGGCACCUGUUGUUGCAGCACCGAUAACCAGGGAGCAGGAGGAACAGCUUGUGAGUUACGGAAGGGACCUUAUUCUCAAAGGUAAGAAAGAGGAUUGGGGAUGGCUCGAGAAUAGCUAUAUCGGGCCUAUCUUCAGAAAAGAAACCGUGUAG